AAAACUAGCCGAGAGCGGCUGCGCGUCACGUAUACAGCAGCAGUAGCGUACACGAUUCGUCCCGUGUCUCCGUUUGGCUUCUUCGUAUACUAGCUGGUCUCGUGUAUGUAUGUGUGUGUUAGAUGCGCGCCCAUGUGUGCGUGAGUGCGCGCGCGUGUGCGUGUCGCCUGCUAAAUAAGUGGAUACACUGCCAGCAGUGCCUAUGGCCAAUAUACAGCACGUAUAGGGCUGGUCGUAUCGCAGUUUACAGCCGCUAGUCUGCGCGGGACGCCAUAGCCAACGGCAACUUCUCGCCACUUGUGUAUACGUGUGUUGGUGGGCAACACUAUACGCGCUGCUGCAUCUCGUCCCAUAGAGGUCGUGGGUAUUAUAGGUUGCGCAUGCAGAGAGAGAGAGAGAGAUACAACACAAUCGAGGAGUCGCUCUCGCCGCGGAGUCUCUCGGUCAGGUUUUUUUUCGCCGGACACGCAUUUGUAAUAUCCGAGUCCGAGUCUCUCGUCUCUGUCAGACGUAAACACACGUACUUGUCAGCGCCGACGCGUAUACGCGAUAAGAGCGAGAGAAGAACACACAUAUAGGCAGCGAGUUACACGCAUGUAUUAUACGUGCGCGAUCAUCCCCGCGCGUCUCUGAAAAUCGUAUGAGACUGGACUCACGUCGGAGCAGCAGCAGGCCAGCAGCAGCAGCAGCAGAGAAUUGUACGGGAACUGGAGCUCGCUACGAUAGUCUCGCUGGCGCUAUAUAAUGCGUGUAUCGUCGCGCGUGUGCUGUGGGUGUGUGUCUAUGUGAAUUAUCGGUGCCAGCCAGAGCCCUAGCCCUACAGUUGGACUGGAACGCGCGGCUGCAAGUGUAUCGGGACGACGAUUAUUCUCGACGAGGGGACUGAAGCACGAGUGUAAAAGAGAGGGCCGACAACGAGCUCGAAGGACAUGGCCCAAGCACUCGUAUAACGAGUACAGCUAAGAGACCGAGAGAAAAGAAAAGAAGAAAAAUUACGCACUCUAUAUAUAAAGUGCAUCUGCAGUCUGCACGCGAGCGAAUUAGCGGUGUAAGUUCAGCAUCGCCGCUCGAACGUCGAUUCCAAAGUCGAAGCUGCGACAAGUUGCAUGUGUGCUGCAACGAAAGAAAGAGAGAGAGAGCGAGAAAGAGUCACCCUUUCUAUGCGCUCUGGCCAAGCAUAUAAUAUAGUGACACGCAAGGAACUGCCGCUGCGCUAUAACCACAAAAGGGCCAGUUCGCGACUCUCGCAGCUGUAUACAAAGCACGCGUUUUUCUGUAUACGUGUGCACACCGAGGCGUAAAUUGUCGACCCGAACGAUUCGAUUUCGUUCCCUCGGCCAUUCAUUGUCGUUGUAGUGCAGCCGAUUCAUACACGAGUGGCUUGUCACACAUAUCUGUGUUAUUGUUUCGCCCUUAUUAUUGGUUAUCUCGAGGGUCUCUUUGUGAAAGCUGUAAAUGGUGUGCGCGAGUGCGUUCGACGAAAGUUCAUCGAUCGUGUCGGUAUCGUCGUUGGGUGUCCAGUGCGCGAGCUACGAUACGCGUGUCGAUGCUCUUGUCAUCGCUUCGGCCCAGUGAUUCACCGAGACGUCUCGUGCACGCAAGACUCGGCCGUCUACGUCUACGAGCGCGAGGACACGCGCUCCUGCACAAUAAAGUCGCGCCCGCGUGCAUCGUCCAUUGAAAUUAUGAAUUUUACAGCCAAGCCAACUGCCUACCGACCGAAGCUCGCUCUCGCUCGACAAACGUACCAAUAGCCGAGCUAAAUAGAGCAUCAUAACAAAUGUGCUGGCUCGAAAAUCCUGCGCGCAGCUAAGAGCUCUCCGCGGUGUUUAUAUACGAUCGACUUUGCUCUGUGUGUGUGUUUACACGAAAUAAGAGAACUAGCCGCUCGAUUCGGGACCAACCGAUGGACAAGAAGCAUGGGCUCGUAGAAGCCGGCUCCAGCAGUCAAGCAGUCGUCCAGGAGACGAUAGAGCUGCCGCGCCAUUGUCUAGUGCAUCACGCCCGAUGACACUAGCCAUGCAUCGUCCCCCCGAGACUCGUCAAGUAGAAGAAGAAACAGAAGCGACAGCAGCAGCCACAACGAUUAGCAGCAGCAGCAGCAGCAGUAGCAAGCGGAAGCAGAGGCAUCAUCUGCGACCUCAGCCGAGGUAUAGACCGAACUCGACGAUCGCAGCAGCAGCAGCAGCAGCAUCAGCCAAAAGUAUCAGUAAGAUAUAAAGUGAAACAAGGAGUCGAGAGCACGAGACAGCAGUAGCGGCACAGGCAUGCCAUUGUCGUCGAGACCACCGCCACUGUCAGCGGCCACCAUGACCAACGGACUGUCGUCGAGCGAGCAGCUGCACGCGUACGCCUGCGGCGAGGCCAGUGGUCAGUUGCCGCCGUUGAAAGCCCCGGCCCAGGCACAGCCACAGGUGCCGACCUCCAAAUCCCUCGACUCGCCAGGACCACAACAGCAGCUGCAGCAGCAGCAACAACAACAACCAAACCAGCAGCCAUAUACACAGUUGUUUACUCAACAGCAGCUGCUGGCACGAUGCAGUAAUCUGCCCAGUCUGGCGGCUAGUCUUCAGAGCCUCAACGGCAACGGCGACAAGUCGUCGGCAACUAGCCGGAAUAGUACUCCCCCGAGUCAGCAGCAGCAGCAGCAGUCCCAGUCCCAGUCACAGUCACAGUCACAAUCGAGCUCCAAGAGCCAACUGGGACUGGCGUCGUCGAGGGACUCGCAGUCGAGCAUCAGCGGCAGCUCGAAAAGUCUCCUGGACGUCGUGGUGAUAAACAACGGCCACAGCCACGUGCCGCAAAAGUACACGCCCGAGCUGGCGGUCAAGCUGUUCGGCAGCAAGCUCACGCCGUACGAGCUGCACGAGAUCUACCGCUACCCGACCAUCUACUACGUAGGCGUGGCGGCGAAGAAACGGCCCGGCAUCGUCGGCGCGGCCAACAACAACGACUACGACAACGACAAGGGCAGCUACAUGCACGUGAUCCACGACCACGUGGCCUACCGCUACGAGGUGCUCAAGGUGAUCGGCAAGGGCAGUUUUGGCCAGGUGGUUAAGGCCUAUGACCACAAGAUCGGCGAGAUCGUCGCCCUGAAGAUGGUGCGCAACGAGGAGCGCUUCCACCGCCAGGCCCAGGAAGAGGUGCGCAUCCUGAGGAACCUGCGCGAGCAGGACAAGGACAACGCCAUGAACAUCAUCCACAUGUUCGACUCGUUCACCUUUCGCAAUCACAUGUGCAUCACCUUCGAGCUGCUCUCCAUCAAUCUGUACGAGCUCAUCAAGAAGAACAAGUUCCAGGGCUUCAGUCUGCAGCUCGUGCGCAAGUUCUCGCACUCGCUGCUCCAGUGCCUGCAGGCGUUGCACAAGAACAAGAUCAUACACUGCGACAUGAAGCCCGAGAACGUACUGCUCAAGCAACAGGGCCGCUCUGGAAUUAAGGUGAUAGACUUUGGCUCGUCCUGUUACGAAAACCAGACAGUCUACACGUACAUUCAGUCGCGGUUUUAUCGGGCUCCCGAGGUCAUGUUGGGAGCCCCGUACGGGAUGGCCAUCGACAUGUGGUCACUUGGCUGUAUCCUGGCCGAGCUGCUCACAGGCUACCCACUCUUGCCCGGUGAGGACGAGCCCGACCAAAUGGCUUGCAUAAUCGAGCUGCUCGGCAUGCCGCCCCAGGGACUGUUGGAAAAGGCCAAGCGCGCGAGGCAGUUUUUCAGCACCAAAGGCUACCCCCGCUACUCGGGCAUCAACUUUUCCCAGGACGGCACAAUGGACCUGUCGGGUGGUUGGUCCCAUCGCGGCAAGUUUCGGGGUCCACCCGGCUCGAAGAACCUCAGCAAGGCACUCAAGGGCUGCGACGACAAGCACUUUUUGGACUUCAUCAAGCGCUGCCUCGAGUGGGAUCCGCAGUACCGAAUGACUCCGGCCGAAGCUCUGCGCCACGCUUGGCUCAGGCGGCGCCUGCCACGCCCGCCCGAACAGCAGUUGACGCAGCAGUCGGCGCUGCAGGACAAACGCAACACGCCCUCGUCUUCGUCGUCGACGUCCUCGACACAGCUAGCCUGCCAAGUGACGACGGCGCUUCACAAUGCGCUACCUCAACAGCCGCAGCACCACCAUCACCAUCAUCAUCACCAUCAUCACCAUCAACAGCAGCAGCAGCAGCAGCAGCAGCCACAGCAACAGCCACAGCAACAGCAGUCACAGCAGCAACAGCCGCAUCAUCAACAGCAACAGCAACAACAGCAGGGUAGCGUUCAGCUGGUGCGAACCUGCCCAGGCGGAAAUAGCCGCGAGGUCAGUAAGACGGCGAGCUGCUGCAACUACCAUCAGCAGGCCGCGUUGUUGAAGCAGCUGCAGCAGCUGCAGCAAAAGCGACUGCAGGUUAGCAAACCCCCGCCGCCGCCCCAGGCCGUGGUCAGCAACAAAGACCGUAACCACUUGGCCUUGGAGCUCAAACCGAUUCUUGAUAAUAUCAAGGCCAACAUCGACAAGCACAAAAGCGAUGCUGCUCACAGGCAGCCGACUGCCAACAAAAGCAACUCUGCCUCAGCCAGUCUCACUGCCACGCAGAAUCAGGCGAGAUCGAAUCUGCUCGUCGAUCUUUCGCAACAACAACAGCCACAGCCGCAGCAGCAGCAACAAGCAGCAACCUGGUCUGCUCAGCCGCAGCUCUACAAUCAGUUGUCGAGGUUGAACUUCUCCGACCCGAUACCCACGGUACCUGCUGCGGCUUCUGCUUCGGCUUCGACGAGCUCCGAUAGCUCGGCCUCUCAGCAAAAGAAGCCGCUAUGGGAUAGCCUCAGCUUGCAGGACGUGAAACGUCAAAGCAAUGGGCCAGCUGGACUUCUUGCCGCCGGUCUUCAGGCUAGUCAUGGUAGCUGCGUUUCGCUUGACCGAUCGGCUCUGGGUGACAAAACUGCCGCUUGGCACGACGUCAAACGCUACGCAGCCGAAAUGUGAGCCCCAGCCAGCGAAUGUCGCUUCUUCACUUUCGACUCUCCUUUUGAAGACGAGGAUAAUGAAAAAAACAAUUUUUCAUGCGCCUCCUUUUACCCAUCCGUCCGAUUUGACCUCAUACUACAUUGCCCUACCUUUUUCUUUUUAUCGAUUAUUUCGAGCCCUGCAAGCACUCCUUGGCGCCUUCUAAGUGUCAAAUGUUCUUUAGCUUGAUCAAGCUAAGCUUCUGUAUAUAUGUAUUUUAUGUGAGAAAAAAUUAGAAGAUUGAAAAGAAUCACCAACAAUUUAUGAACAAACAACUCUAAACUUUAACCCGAAGUUAUGAGCUAUCAAUUGUUUUUUUAACUUUUUCACUUUUCGUUUUUUACAUAAUUUUACGAUUAUUGAUAUAAUCUCGAAUUUAUUUAAACUAUUAUCAAGAUACAGAUGCAAUUAUAAGUCAUCGUGCAAUCUUCUAUACUUUCAAACAUAAUCAAUGGAAAAUUGGAAAAGUUUUUAAAUAAUAAUUGUAAUAGCCGAUGAUAAUUGUGCAUACAUGCAACAAACGAGAUUUUUAUGUGAUAACCAUUUUCUAUGUGAAACUUGCUUCAUUUUUUCAUUCAUUUUAUUAUAUCUGUGACUGUUUAAACUUGCUAGCUUGAAUGAAUGUAUAACAUCAAUAGUGUUAAAUCUUGCAAAAAAAUGCGUGUGGUUGUACUUUUAUAAAUCUAGAUAUAUACUUAAAGAUGCACAAUCUUUGUGCAUGUAUGAUAACAAUCGAUCCAUUUGGUUACAUUGAAUUUUGAAGCAUUUUUACUUUGAAAAGAUUAUUAGCGCGUGUAUAGUUUUUGUUCUCGAAUAUCUAUGUUGUUUUAAUGUACAUCUCAACUUAAUUUUGAGAGGAAGAAAGUCGUCGAUGUGAAUAUUUCUUUGUAAUUAGGCAAAUUGUGCGUAUGUAUGUAUGCAUGUAUGUAUGUAUGCAUGUAUGUAUGUUUGUGUGUGUGUUUAGAAUAAAUGUAAAGCUGGUGAAAGUAAAAGAAAAAAAUUUCUUGAACUGUAAUACAUGGCUGUUUCUGUGGUCAUUGAAGCGUCAAUUGACUAGAAGUUAUGAGACAUAAUUUAUAGAACGUUCUAAGGCGUUUAGUCGCUAAAUGCAAUGCGUUCUUGCUGAGUAGCUUUAAAUAAAUGAAACAUUUACCGCAUAAACUUUUUUUGGGUAUUAUGAUCUGAAUGAUAUGUAUUAGAUACGCGUGCACCAUCAUAUAGGUAUUUGAAGUACCUACAUAUUAAAUCGAGCAUUUUAAGUAGUUGUUAGUAGUAAACACUGUUUGCUGUUGCAAAGAAAUUAAUGCAUUAAAUUAUAAGGCUGUGAUCUAACGUCUUUUCGAUCAAGAAAACUAGCAGGACGUUAUAAUAGCUCUUUGUAAAUGAUAUGUAACUUAAGAAGAAAAUACACUUUGAAAAAGUCAGAAAACGAUACAUUUUUGCUCGUGAAGUAUAUUUUCUUGUUUACGUUAUAGCUAUUCUGCUGAUCGCUGAAACGAAUUGUCUUCGUUGGCUCCUAAAGCAUAAUCGAUUGUAAAUAAUAUUGGUUUAGUGAUGUGAGACUACUUACUAUAAUUUUUAAAAUGUGAUGAAUGAACCAUUAUUAAGUAUUUAAAGCAAAAAUUUUUGUUAUCUUCAGCAAUUAAUUUGAUAAUCUUGAAAUGUACAAAAAUAUAUUAUAAAAAACAUAUUAUAUAAGGAAACAUUUUUUAAAAAAUUUUAUAAAAUUGUACCAUAGUUCCCUAGAAUUUUUCGACUCUGAUGAAUAUAGCUUUCAAAAAUUGUAAAACUAUUUGGCACGCAUAAAGUUUUUAUGUCAAAAGGAACAUUUUUUUUCUCUGUAAUUCGGCAAUAUGAUAAAAUCACCUUUUAUCUGAAAAAUGUUGCAAUAACGCGAUGAAAAGCUGCAGAAAAAAUUGUAAAUCAUAUGUACCAUUGUUAGUAAAAUCAUUUAGUAAUGAAUCGCUUUAAGGUUUACGUAAUUAUUCUACACUUUUUUAGUGCGAAUAAUAAACACAAAGUUAGAAGACUUUUCGCACGAAAAAAUUAAACGAUCGAUUAAUCAAUUUUACCUACUUAUCAUCGUCUUAUUAAAUACACCUUAUUUGUGUGAGAAAAGUAUAUACAAAUAUUCGAGUUUUGUAAGAAAAUUUUCAUUAAACUAUGAGUGAUAGCCUGGUAAUGCUCUUUCUAAACAAGUGUGGUACUUGCGUGAAGCUACAAUGCAUGCGGGUUUCUAUGCAUUUAAUUGUUGUUUAUUCGUUUGCGAGACGAAUUUUUGUGAAAUAGUGACCAUUCAACGAUAAAUACUGCUAUUACCAAUAUAGUGGAAUUAUAUUUAUAAUAACACUACAAUGACUUUCAACAUGAAUAAUUCAAAUGAGCGGUAAAACAAGCCAAGAUUAUUUUAAAAUAAUUUUCAAAUUUUUAAUAAAAAAACCGUUUUUUAAGAGUAAUCGAAACCGAUACUUCCGAAAAAAAAAUGUUUAUAUAAAUUCAUGCCUUUUUAUCAAAAUUUAUUUGCAUUUUUUUCAGGUAAUAUAUAUGUAUUAACGCCUCAAAACAAAGAAAAGUCACGCUCAAAAAUUAAUAUUCAUGUAUCGACUAAAUGGCGAAAUCAGGACGUCGCAUUUGCAAUCAUUCAAAACAUAUUGAAGAUGAAUUUAGAAAAAUGUAACUUUAAACGACGACUGCGUGAUUAUAUACACGCAUGCAAUAAAGCUUCAACUGUAAAUAUAAUUUGAAAAUUAUGAUAAGAUUCUAGAUUUAUAUUAAUAAUUAGUCAAAGAUAUUGCGAGCACCAAUGACUGUCGAAUUUGUACGAUAAUUAGCAAACUAUCGAAAACAUUAGAUAAUAUGAAUUGAAUGAGUUACUGCCACUUUUUGAAUAUAAGUAUCUCGCGUGAAUGUCAAUAAAAAAGAAUCAUUGUUAUGACUAUGUUAUUAAAUAUAAAAAGCGAUUUCAAUUAAUGAAUUCUUUUUUUGCGAAUUCUUAAAAAAAAAUUAAAGAAACGAGAAGUUCCUCGCGUAUCGACUUUUUUCGCAAUACGUUUGUGAUAUAGUAUGGAAAAAAUCUUUUACGAAAAACUAACGAUCAUUAGAACAAUGUCGAUAACAAAGCAGUCUUACUGUACAAUACAAAAUCCAGACAACGCAGCAGUAAUAGAAUCAUAUUCCAACGUAGCAUCUUAAUAAAGAAAAUCACGGUACAACUUGAAAAAAAAUGAAAAAUUAGAGCACACACCGCAUCCCAGAUGUAUAAUCAUUUGUAUCAUAACCACUAUAAUUUAGUUUAUCAUAUGUAUAGAUAAUGUGUACACUUUAUGCGAAUGCUGCAACAUCGAGAAAUGAUUGAUUGUAUUUUAAGUGUAAUAUUUGUAAAGGAGAGCAGAGAAAAGUUGACUUUUCUCGUAAAGUAACGACGAUGAAAUCGAAGAAAUGAUCUCUAUAACGCUUAAUAUUUAACAUAAAAUAUUAAUGAAACAUGAAUGAUGAAAAUGUGGUUCAUACUAUUAUAAUAUUAGUCUUAUGUAUUGAGGAAUGUUGAAUAUGUAUAGAAUGUAAGAAUGAAUUAAAGUAUACAAUACAAUUGAUCGGUAAAGUAAGGGAAUGAAGAAAAUCAACCAAGUGAAUGGUCAACGCUAUUCGUUUCAAGAGUACGAGAAAAAACGUCCAAGCGCUUUUUGUACAUCUUGUCAUGUAAUGUGCAUAAUAUUAAUGUAUAGAUACAUAUGUACAUGUAUACUCGCUUAUACAUGUAUGUAUAUGUAUAUUAUUAAUAAAAGUAAAAUUAAUAAAAUUAAUUGAGCUGGUAUGUCUGCAUGGCAGUUAUCGCAUUUUACGAGCUAAACUGUACAAUUUUGGUAUAAAUGUUAUCCUAUUAUACAUGCGGUAAUCUGCAGCAGUCGAUAAGGCAUCCGUGAUCCGGUGCGAAAGUUUCCGAAUUGUGCUUUACUAAAAUUUUUCGAGAAUGCCUGCAUAUACAAAAUUGAAUGUCGCUUAUAUGAGCUAUACAUACUACAAUUAAGGAUGAUGAUUAACAGUGCCCGAUAUACCUGAUUUGAUUAUAACAUGUAUAUUUCACGAAUAAGGUGAUGAUAACAAAGAUAACUAUCAGAAAUAAAUACUGCUUACGACGGUUA